AUGUUGCAUUACAACAGAACUACAUUAAUCUGGCGGAAACUGAAGUGUUAUCCAAUCAUUGUCCGUUGUGCUGGCUCCGACACAAAUUGUCCGGGGAAGGAUCCAGUAGAUCAUAAGCCUGUCUGUCCUCCGCGGCAUGCGGCCUGCCUGAAGCAGCUGGAAGACCCUAACGGGCCCUCGAAGCUGGUCCGGGGCACGCCGCCGUCCGUGCGGCUCGGCUUCCUCCCCGAAUCCUGGUUUAAAUUCAUGGAACCCAAAACUGGAGUCUCCGGAACAUACGUCUUAAUCUUAGUGAUGGCCAACUACCUGAUCAGCAAAGAGAUCUUCGUAAUGGAGCACGAGUACUAUUCCGGUCUAUCCCUGUUAGUUAUGGUAGUUUUUGUUUACAAGAAAUUCAGCCAACGCUUCGCGGACGCUUUGGAUAAGAAGGUCGACGAGGUUGUCGAUGAUUGGGAGAAGAGUAGGCAGGAGGAGGUGGACUGUUACACGGAUAUAGUGAAGACAGCUCAGGAGGAUAUUUCUAUGGCGGAGGCGCACGAGAUGCUGACGGAGGCAAAGAAGGAGAACGUGAUCCUACAGUUGGAGGCGGCAUUCCGUGAGCGGAGUAUGCUGGCGUACAGCACGGUGAAGGGGCGCCUGGACUACCAAGCGAAGCUGCACGAGGCGGAGAGCCGCAUCCACCAGCGCUGGAUGAUCGAGUGGGUCCUGAACCAGGUGCACGCGGCCAUCACUCCGCAGUUCCAGAAGGAAGCUUUAGAGUCCGCUAUAGCUAACCUGAAUGUGCUGGCUGAUAACCAGGGUAAAGAAGAGAAGAAAUGA